AUUCUGUGUUCUUGACAUAAAACAAGACAUGGGGAUGUAUUAGGGAAGCAAGAUAAUUUUAACUCAACAUAAUUCUAAUCUAAGGCUUCCUAAGCUGUGUAUUCUGUAUGAUAACCUGGUCUUGAAUCUUACGUAUCAGCAAGGAUGUUCAUAUUAUUCAGUUAACCAGACAUUCACAGUUACAACAUUGAUCACCGUGUGUGCCUCCCCAUAUAAUCAGUUUCCUCCCACCUGUGAAUACUUCAGUAUUAUAUGAACUUAAGCCAACAUCAAUACCACUUUAAUGGUACAGUGAUGGCUUCUAAUAAGAAACGCAACUAUGAUGACAACUACCUGGAUUUUGGAUUUACAAGCAUCACUGAUAAAGGUGUAGUGAAGCCUCAGUGUGUGAUUUGUCACAAAAUACUCACAGCUGAAUCACUAAGGCCCAGUAAGCUUAGAUUACAUCUGGAAACCAAGCAUCCUCAACAUGUUGGCAAAGAUCGUUCCUUCUUUAGUCGACAAGAAUUGAACAUGAAGAGACAGCGACUUGAUGCCAGUGGUUCCUUUCAUCAACAAAAUGCUGCCGUAGUGGAGGCAUCAUUUCUUGUAGCCCUUGAAAUAGCAAAGAAAAAGAAGCCUCACACAAUUGGGGAGGAAUUAAUUUUGCCAUGUGCCAAAACAAUGGUAAAGCUUGUUUUGGGUGAGAAAAGUGCUGAAAAGCUGAAUGCUAUUUCACUCUCAAAUAAUACAGUGCAACGCCGAAUCUCCCAAAUAUCUGAUGACAUCAGAGAGCAGGUGAUACAGGAAAUCAAAAGAGCUGGAUUAUUCAGUAUUCAACUCGAUGAGUCCACUGACGUCCAGUCCUGCUCACAACUCCUGGCUUUUGUAAGGUAUGUUCAUGAUGAGGAUCUGAAGGAGGAAUUCUUGUUUUGUGAGCCUCUUGAACAAUCUACAAAAGGUGAAGAUGUAAUGCAGAAACUUACAGAAUUCUUUGAAUCUGAAGGUCUUGACUGGGGCAAUCUUUGUGGGAUAUGCACAGACGGGGCUCCAGCCAUGUUGGGUUCUCAGUCAGGUUUUGUUACAAGAGUUAUACAAAAAGCACCAAGCUAUCCUCUUCACUGCAUGAUCCACAGGCAAGCUCUUGCAUCAAAAACGCUACCCUCAGAAUUACAGGACACUCUGAAUACAAUUAUAAAGACAGUUAACUUUGUAAAAGGUAGUGCUCUUAACACACGCCUUUUCAAGAGACUCUGCCAAGAUAUGGAUGCAGCUCAUGAGACCCUCCUAUUUCAUACAGCAGUUCGCUGGCUAUCAAAAGGAAAUGUAGUUCAACGUGUAUUUGAGCUCAGAGAAGAGAUCAGCCUCUUUCUCAGAAUACAGAACAAGCAAGAUUUGCUGUCAGCAUGGUCUGCAGAUAGCUUCGAAAUACGGCUAGCCUAUCUUGUUGACAUAUUUAGACAGUUGAACACACUGAACCUGGAACUCCAAGGGAAAGGAAGCUUGAUAAUCGAUUUUGUGGACAAAAUCAAAGCUUUCAUUCGUAAGAUGGAGAAUUGGAGGCGCAAAGUUGGAAUGGGAAACUUGGCAAUGCUGGAGACAGUGUCAGAAAUUGUAGAGAAGUGUGAUGCUGCUACGCAGAACUUGAUUACCCAACAUCUUGAGGCCUUGGAAGGAGUUUAA